GAGGAGCAGGAGACAGAAACUGAGAAGGAGAGAGAUAGAGGUGUGUGCAGAUAACAGGAGCUGGAGGACCCUGCUACUGCACACAGCUUUCAGUCAGGAGUCCAGGUGAACUGUCCUGCUGCGAGAUGUGAGACCUGAGACCUGAGACCAGGUCUGAAUGAAAAACCAGCAUUUGUGUGCUGAAACAGCAAUGGCAGACGACUUCAGCAUGUAGGUAGCUGCUAAGUGGGAGUCGGUGGAAUUACACAACAGAGUGCAGGCCGGGGGUACCAAAACAACAACCAGUCCCCAGAGCUCGGACUUUUUAAUUUCCCUCACACCAUCUGGGGACAGUCUUCACAAGAGUCUAUUAGAAAAGCCACAGAGCACAAAAAAACAGUGGAAAACAAGAAGAAAGACAUUCAGCAAAACAAAACCAGACCAAAUGACUUCACAGUGAAUGCCACCCUUUCAUUGGCCUCGGCCUGGAGGUUUUGAGAAGUAUCGAUCCCUCCACUUGUUUACAGGAAAGUAAACGGUUUAGCAUGCAUUUCAGGACAACAGAGGAGUUUAAAGUGACCCAUGGAAUCAGAAUUGCGCUUGAAGUGAAUAGAUCAUAGAAAGCACACAUAAACCCAGCAAGAACAAAAUCAUAGUUUAUCGAAAUUAAAAUGAUUGUCUGCAUUUAUCUUCACUAAAAUUAUAAUUACAAAAUAUUUUAAGCACUUAAGCACUGGCGUAUUGAAAAUGUUGAUGUGACCACUACAGUCUCCUUUAUCUCCUGGGACUGUUUCUAAGAUCCUGAAAGACACUAUUAAGGCUAAAGAUACCCUUUUUUUUCAGCUCCUCAAAGUCUGUUUUCCUUGACUCGCAGCCAGAAGUAAUUUCCAGUUUUAUUAAGAAAAUGCUAACAUAAAAACACUUCUUUACAGAAAGUGAACAAAGAAAAAUAUCUGUAUUCAAACUUUACAAUAAGUUUUGAAACAAGGAUAGGAAGCAAAUUUGUUUGCUCAUUUUAUGUGAAGGCCUGCUGUGGCCUUCAACCAACGGCAAAAGAAACAAAUCUGGAAGGCUUCGAAAUGACCUUUCUAACUUCAGUAUACACUCAGACAUGUACACACCAAAAACAGCAACACAGGAAGUUCUAAAACAUUGUUGUGGUUUGUUUAAAGUGUAAUGAGAAGUUCCUAACAUUUACUAGAGCUAGCAGUUCAUUCUUACUCUGUACGCAGCAAGAAAGAUAAUCUACCCAGGAGACUUUCCAAUAGAGGCCAGAUUUAUGUUUAUGAAAGUGCCUGCUACCGGAUUAAGACAUGAUGGUCAAAAACAUCCUGUAUUUGGGAUAUUCAGCACUGUUUUAAGCAAAUAAAGUGGAACUAGUUUGGCCUUUACAGGAACCAAAGUAGAGCACACUCAAUGUUAAGCAAUUCUGAUGGCAAUAUUUUUUGUGGGAACUGUUCCAAACUAGCCUCUCUGGGAUUUAAGGGGAGGUCUUCUUAGAUUUAAACAAAAACAGCACAUGAUGAUGUGCAAGUAUUCUUAGCAUUCAUCUUCUUCUUGUUGUUGUUCCAUUAUCAAACGCUCUUUAACGGGAGCCAGAGAGAAGAAAUCGGCAAUAAACAGAACAAUUAAUUUUUAAUAAACUGAAGACCAAAGAACUCCAUAAUGUUGAAAAUUGAUGUCCAUCCUGAUGUUGCUGGAGGGCCUCCUGCUCAAGCUGGGGACGUUUGCAAAGAGAGUGGCGGUAGUUUAAAACCCAGCGUCCCUCUACAAGGCUACGGCCUAUCUGGGGAUACAGAGAGUCCUGCUUCAGAACCUGAUGUGAAUAAAACCGUGCAAAACCAAGGACUACCACAAACCACCACCUGGUCUUCAACAGCACUGAGUCAACACAAAGAGGUGGAGCAGGACAAGAAAGUGAACCAAACCAUCAGGAGAGGAAUGAGCUGGACUGGUCCCAGUUCUGCAGCGGCAGGCUGGACCAAGAAGCCCAGCCAAGAGAGACAGAGGCCACUGGCUGUAACAGAGCCACCCUGGAAAGAAGGGGGGAGCAACAGAGAUGAGGAGAUUCAGGACCAGGAGUGGAAGGUGGUAAGGGUGAAACCGGUGGUCAAUGCCAGCACCAAUCAACAAGGACGAAAAACAAACCUUUCCAGAAGUGCCAGUUUAUCUGAAAAAGAGCUGAAAGAAGCAAGAGACAGGAGUCAGAUCAUAGCUGCCCAGCUGACAAUACCAACCAACUCCAGCUCCAGGGGAGUGCAGCUUUUCAACAGGCGGAAGCAAAGGGUGAAUGCCUUCACUCUGGUCAGCUUUGGAAAAGGAGUCCAGCAGCAGCCUGGGGGGAACAAGACACAAGGACCUCUCCAUAAUAACUCUGUAACAUGGGAAGAAAAGUGCUCUGAAGGAACAACUGUAGAAUCGAGCCCUUGCAGCAGUAGCUCAAAGACCAACUGGUGUCCCGGGGGAAGAAAAUAUACAGGGACUGAAACAAUGGCGGAACAAAUUGGCGGUAUCCACGAGGUGGAAAAUACAGAUCACUUGGGCAAGCCAGAGAUUCUCCCUGUGGAUGGGAUAGAUGAACUGCCAGUGCAGCCUUUUUGUGAGAGUUCAAGCACAGAAAUUAAAGAUGAGCCUCCCAGUGAUGUUUAUAAUAUUAGUACAGACCAGCCAGCUAAUGGGCUAGAGGUAACUGAGACAAAUGGGACGUGCGCUGACAUUUUGGUCAAACCUGCAAAAAUUCAGAAUGGAUGUUCAAGCACUGCAGACGUAACCUUAUGUCUAACUAAACAACCACCGGCUAUCACCAACAGAACAGCAAAGCCAUUUGGCUCACCAGCUAUGGUACGGUCACCAGAGGCUAGAAGUCCAGUGAUAGAUCUUCUUCCACCAGCUCCAAUUUCAGCUGCCCCUCUGCCUACCUUUUCAAAUCCCCCCCCUGUGUCCCGAGUCAUUUCACCAUCUCCUCAGUACACAUCAAACAUCGGUGCAAGUCUGACUCCGGCGUUUGUGCCUCAGCACAUCAAGCAGCCAGUGCCUGUCAAAACGGGGAUUCUGGAAGAAGGCGCUGCUCGUCGGGCGACCAGAAAGUCAAUGUUCACAUUUCAGGAGAAGCCCAAACUGGCCCCCAAUCCAGAGCUCCUGUCCCUGGUGCAAGGAGUGGACGAGAAGAAAAAGCAAAAGCAGCCAUCCGAGCACACACAAGAUGAGGAACUCUUGGCUCUCGGCGCUGAGGCUUCCAACUUCCAAACCAAAGCAGAUUCAGAGGAAGUCAAAGUACCUGAAUGGUCUACGUGCUUGAAGAGCUCGGGAGCAAGAGUUCGGUCUGAGCCCAAACCAGCUCAAGGCCUGAUGAACGUGGCAGGGAAGGGAGCAGAGCUGUUUGCGAAGCGGCAGUCUAGAAUGGAGAAGUACGUUGUAGAAGCCCCAUCGAUGGUAGAAAAUUUUGGCAGAUCCCCGUCCCCGACUAUGUCCCUGCCACCUUCUUGGACAUUUCCAUCAAACAUGCCAGGACGGGUUAAAGCCAUGGCUAGCUCUUCCCAUUACUGUCCGAACCCAUCUAGGACUUCCAGAUCUUUGGCUGCUGCUAGUUAUGGAAACCAGGAAAGGUCAAUGGUGGAAAAUGGCUGCACCAAGAAAGAGAUGGACAUCAUAAAGCACCAGCCCUAUCAGUUAAACUCCUCUCUGUUCAUCCUCAACCCAGCCAAAGACCCAAUGAGUUCUUUACCCAAGGCAGCACCACCACCUAAGCCCAUGGUUCUUGAUAAGGCUUACACAAGACAAGCUUCUCUGCCGCUGUCUCCUCCUUCACCCUCUCCACUCUUCACCUGCCCAGCACCCUUUAGAGCAACCAAAGGCUUUUCUCCUCAGAUACCACCUAGCCCAGUCAAUGGAGUGGGAACCGUGGAUUUCAGACCAAAUCGGGAGCCAGAAGUUGUCCAUAUAGCCUCCCCGGUUUCUGCUUUAUCUCCAGAACGGGUAUCGUCACCAAAACCUGGUAUCCACACACCAAGACCUACAUUCUCUGCCAAGAGGGCAGGGAUUGAACCACAGACCCAAAAAGCACCUGUCCCUGUAGCAGCCACCUGGACGCCUACUCUGUCUGCACGGGUCAGCAGCCCAGAGUCUACAGUCAAGGCCCACCCAGCAACAGAAGUUCAGUUACCGUCCUCGCGUUCCCCUUACCCUUCCACAGGCUCCUCCCCCAUCUCCCCGCCCUGGGAAGACAGAUGCCAGUCCCCCAUAGGGCAGGAUAUCAAGACCAACCGUCGACUGCUGGCCAAGAACAUUAUCAAUGCUGCUAGAAGGAAAAACAGUCCAUCUCCCGGAGGACUAAAUGGGCGAGGGACUUCCAUAUCUCCUGUAGGUGGUUCCAUUAUACCCCACGGACAUCAGCCAUUGAGCCCCUCCACCAUCCGAUCCAGAGCUUUAUCUAAUCAGUCUCCAUCUUUUAAGAGCCCCCCAGCAACUCCAUCUAGAAUGAUCAGGUCACCAGUGCACUUGUAUACUACUCGGUCGCUGACGGAUUCUGACGCAUCGGUAGAGUCUGAAGAUUCAGGGCUGAGGUCUCCCAGCAUCCGGAGCCACAACACCUGUCCAAGAGGUUGGGAGGGCAACUUCAGCAUUAAAAGAGGAAGCAUUCCAGCAGAUCUAUAAGGAUACCAGAGCAUGUCCCUGGGUAGGCCCCAGUAUAAAGGUGUCACUUCGAUGAAAUGUUUGGCUAAUACAAGAACCAUUCCAUCAAAGAAAGGGCAGAGACUGUUUCAUUUUUUGGAAGCAUCUCGUUUUCAGGCUUUUUUAAAAAAAAAUGCAAAUACUGUAAAUUGCACAAACCAAAAUUAAAUUCAUUCUUAUUGGAAUUGUUCCUCCUACCAAAGAAAACAUUUUUUUACAAGUUCAAAAGUAUUAACAAAUUUGAGUAUUUUAUUAUAUUAUUACUGUACAUUAUAAAAUAGUUUCCAUAAGUUUUCAAUAAGCAUUUAUUUGUGCUCCUUUGAGUUUUUUCUCAUUUUUUAACGUUCUACUUUUUACAAACACAGCAGCGUCUUGAGAAAAGGAACAGAAUCCUAGCAAGCACAUACUUCUGCGAGAUAUUUACAGCCUGAUUCUGAUCAUCAGAGAGACUGUGAGGACAUCAAAAUGAUUCUUCAAAUCCAGAAGGAUUUUUGAGGAGCAAACAUUCCAGGCAGUACUGGUGACCCAGGACACUGCAGAUAUUCAGCUACCAGGUUCUGCUUCGUGGAUGUCAUGAAUGCACUUUGAUGAGAGAACAUGAGUGAAGACUUUUCUAUUUCCAAAAGACUUCAAAGGGGAUUUAGUAGAAACAGAACAAAACUGCAUUUACAUUCCUUUGCGAGCAAGACUGAUAAUAGCAUUUCAGACCAAAAAAUACUGCUGUCUUCACACCUUUCAAGCUUUGAGGCUGCCUCAUAUUUAGACUUAGAAAUAUAUACUAAAACAUUUUCUACAACAACAAUAGAUAUGCUAAAAAACUGGUUUUAAAUCCUUGUAACAGUGCAAUAAUCCAUAUAUCCCUUAAAUUGUGUAUGUUUUGUGUUUGCAACCAGAAUGUCUUAAACCACCUUUGGCAAUUGUAUGUGAGAUUGAGCAAGUGAAAGAGCUGUUGAUUGGUAAAAAUUCUUGUCCAUGUGAUGGUUAGCUGAUGGUGAAUUAGUGAAGUAGUUCUUACAAGCACUGCAGCUGAAACAGAGUCAUAUGUAAAGGAGGUUCUUCUUUAUAAAUCCAGGACACGGACACACAUUUAUAAAAAUGCAAAUCCAUUUUCCUUAAUUUGAUUAAGAUAGAUUGAUUUUUAAUUUGUGCUGAAAAUACACACCAAAGAGUAUAAAUAACUGAAAAAAUACAGCUACUUUAGUGAAACCUUACUUUCUAUGCUCUAUAGUCAGCUCCACCAUAAAGUAUACCAUAAUAUUAGUCAUGUCAAUAAGGCAGAGACAGGAAAAGUAAGAAGUGUGAAGCAGAAGUUUAUUGAAGUGUAAAUGGGGACAGACAGUUGUCGAUAACCAUGUUAUUAUAAGAAAUAAGUUUGAGGAGAAUACAUAUCUAAAGACAUCCCUGAAAGUAGUGUAUUACAUAUUCUCAUUGUAAAAGGCCAAUUAACACUAGGAUGGAAUGUCUGAAACACCUAUUUUAACAAUGUCAAAGUGUGUUUUACUUUCUUUGCCUAGCAUUUUGACUUGUAAUAACAUGGUUAAACUGCUUUUUACUGAAAGGAGUCGAGUGCUUCCAGAGGGAUAUGUAUUUGUUUGGAAAACAAAACUGGGACUUCACAGGUUAUCACACACUGAAUAUUUAUCACUAUCAUUAUAACUAUAAGUAUUAAUAACAUUUUUUUCUCUUCACAAAUUGUUCUAACGGCAGUUUUGCUUCAUUCUUGACAAACAAGUCUACAAAUACGUAGACAGUUUUGGGUCAAGAAACGCACUACAGCCUUUAAUAAACAUUAUGUAUCAUACUUUGUUUUACAUGGAUUGAUAGCAUUUAGAAAAAUAUCGGUUCUUCAAACACCACGCAGAAAACUCUUAUGAAAUGGAGAUGGUGUGACGUCCCAGUUCAGUACAUCAGCAGAUUUUUGCAACCUUUAAGGCCCAGUGAUUAUUUACAGACCUUCUGAUUGAUGAGCUACCAGCUGUGUGGUGACAUUGCACCUCCAACAAGAAUAACUUUUCAUUGUCACAGUCUGGUUUAAAAUCAUAAGAGCUGUGCUUAUUUAGCCCUGGACUUUAUCAAUAAAAAAAAAACAUCUGACCUUGUAUUUUUCCCUAGACUGUCAAACACAUGGAAUCUUCCAUGAUAAACUGAUCUUGCAGUGCUCUUACUGUUUAUUACAGUACCGAUGACAACAAAAAACAUAUAUAAAGGAAUAAUGCCACAAAUAAA